AUGCCGACAAUAAGAGCAGCUCUGUUGAUCCAGCGCUGGUACAGACAGUAUGUUGCUCGUCUGGAGAUGAGACGCAGGUGCACAUGGAACAUCUUCCAGUCUAUAGAAUAUGCAGGGGAGCAAGAUCAAAUAAAGCUGUACAACUUUUUUGCCUUCCUAAUGGACCACUUCACUCCAGCCAGCAGUGAAAGAAACCUUAUAUCUCACAUCUUUCGUGAGAAUGAGAUCUGCCACGAUGCAGACUGGGAACGAUAUUUUUGCUACAAAGGCAUCGAGGUGCCCGACAGCUACAGUGGCCCCCACCUAACCUUCCCCAUGACAUUUUGUGGGUUGUCAAAGCUAAUGGAGGCUUUUAAGCAUAAACAACAGCUCCAUGCUCGUUAUGUUCUUCAGAUUCUUGGAGAAACUUGGAGAUUUUUACGAAUCCUUCCAAACAUCAAUCAUGUCUCCGUCUGCCCAACCAAGGAGAUUACAAUAUGUGGAGAUCUGCACGGGCAGCUAGAAGAUCUGCUGUUGAUAUUUUAUAAGAAUGGUUUACCAUCAUGUGAGAAACCCUACAUCUUCAAUGGAGACUUUGUGGAUCGGGGCAAGAAUUCCUUAGAGAUUCUGCUUAUCCUGUUCGGGUUCCUACUUGUUUACCCCAAUGAUGUGCAUUUGAACAGAGGGAACCACGAAGAUCACAUCGUUAAUCUGAGAUACGGUUUUACAAAAGAAGUCUUGGUAAAAUACAGAGUCCAUGGCAGGAAGAUUUUAAAGCUGCUCCAAAAGAUCUUCAGCUGGCUUCCUCUGGCUACAUUGAUCAACGAUAAGGUCCUUGUUGUACAUGGGGGGAUCUCUGACUCAACUGACCUUGAGGCGGUCACCAGAAUCGACAGACACAGAUAUGUGUCAGUCCUUCGACCUCCUAAGAUGAUCCGCCACAUGCUCAAUGGCAAUAAGGCAGUAAUCAGCGGGAACGAAGAUGCAACGGGACCAGCAGAAGGCCGUCGCCGGGUACGCUCCCUAACCAACACCUCUAACUCAGCUCAGAGGAACAAAAUGCCACGUCGUUCUCUCCACAACCUGCCUACUACUGGAAACCAGCUCAACUGCUCUGUGGAAGACGAACUGAGGAAGAGACGCAGGCUGGCCGGGUUUGACCAGACUUACAACGAAAUAAAGACGUCAGAUUCUGACUCAGACCCAGAGUUUGGAGAAUCCACAGAGACACACGGUCAGGAGUGGAAACAAAUAGUGGAUCUUCUGUGGAGCGACCCACAGCCACAAAAUGGCUGCAUUCCCAACGAGGUGCGAGGUGGAGGCUGCUACUGGGGGCCGGAUGUAACUGAGGAGGUGUUGGGAAGACACAACCUUCAGCUCCUCAUCCGCUCCCACGAGUGCAAACAGGACGGCUAUGAGUUCUGCCACAAUCGCAGGGUGCUGACCAUAUUUUCAGCCUCCAAUUAUUACGAGGUGGGCAGCAACAGAGGAGCAUACAUAAGGAUGGGGCCCGAUCUGGUCCCUCACUGCAUUCAGUACCAAGCCAGCAGCACAUGCAGGGAGCUGACCUUGAGACAAAGUGUUGGUUGGACAGAGAGAUCAGCACUGCGAGCUCUAAGGCAGCAACUCUUUGUUCAUAAGUCGGAUCUUAUUGGAGCCUUUCAGGAGUUUGACCCAAACCACACAGGGCGGAUCUCUCUGCACCACUGGGCGACAGCUACAGAGAAGGUACUCAACCUGGGGCUACCUUGGAGGGUGCUGCGCCCUCAGCUUGUCAACAGGGCCCAGUAUGGUAUGCUUAACUACCAGCAGUGGAUAAGGGAGCUCUCCAUUACUGAACCCAAACCAGAGGUGUCAGAUACCAGUAUCAUGGAGACGAUGUACAAACAACACUCUAACCUGGAAACCAUCUUCCGGAUUAUCGACACAGAUCAUUCAGGUCUGAUCUCUUUUGAGGAGUUUCGUCAGACCUGGAAACUCCUCAGCUCACAUCUUAAAAUGGAGAUCAGUGAUAAGGCCAUCGCUGACCUGGCUCAGAGCAUGGACUUCAACAAAGACGGCAGCAUUGAUAUCAAUGAGUUCAUGGAGGCCUUUCGACUAGUCGACCUCUCCACACACGCCUGA